AUAAUUUACCACUGCUUAUCACAUCGCAAUUAUCUUUAACCAGAUCGCGUCGUCAUUAACAUCUCUAUUAUCACUCCGAGAUAAUAUUCACUUUCACGCCGGAUUUCACGUCAUCCGUGGUACUAAGCUUCUUAUUUUUGUGGAGAUUGAAGAUUUUCCGCUCGAGGGUUGCUCCUGAGCCUCCUUAAAAAGCUGCCUUGGAUGAAUUUUUGUCAACUUCUUUUUGUACCAGUUUGUUUGAUCAUUUUUCCUCAUUCUCUUCAAUCCAAAUCCAUCGUUUCUUCGUUAUUUCCUUUGAUUGAUAGCCGUUCUAGAUUUUCUUCUUAUCCAGUCGUUCUUACAAAAGUACUAUUUGAUUUCGUAGCUAUCUGGCUUGCUUGUAUCACAAACAUAUCUAAAUUAGCGCCGUGAUAAACCUCAACAAAAUGUGUCGUUCUAACUUAUCCACUUUGGCAACCUUCGCAGGAGCCCUGAUGUUUUUAAACUUUCAAUCCGUCUUCGCUCACGUUUACAUAAAGUCUUGGAAGUCUACCACCGAGAACAAUUUUCAACUCGCACAAAAACAACCUGCCUCGAAAACGGCUUAUCGCGAUGCUUCAGGAAAUAUCGGCUGGAUCGGAAGCAACUUCCUUUCGGGCGAUCGAGCAAUUGUCUGCGGAGCUUCUCAGACACCAUAUGCACGCGUAGCCUCGCCGGGUGGAAAGUACUUCUCCGAUGCUUCCGAAGCUGUUGGCCAAACUCUCAAUGUCAGCGCUGGAGGAAAAAUCACAUUGGUCGCGGCGGGUGACGCUGGAAAAGGUUUCCCUCAUCCUAAGGGUCAUAUCCAAGCCUAUCUGGGCUACUGCGGCGCAUCCAGUACCGCUUGCCAAAAAUUUGAUGCUUCCUCGGCAUAUUAUUUCAAAAUCCAAGAGGUGAAGAACGGAGUUCAAGAAAAGUUGCGUCCGGCAAUGAACUACGAUCUCGAUGGGAACUUAUGGGAAGUUCCAAUUCCGUCUGAUGUCCCUCAAGGAAGCUACAUCUUUAGAUUUGAAAUAAUUGCCUUUGAUCAAUCCAACGAGUCGGAAGGACAUCAGGAUCAAUAUUAUCCAUCUUGUGGUCAGAUCUAUGUGACUUCAAAUGUUCAGACCAAAACUCUCAAAAGCUUCUCGGCAGUCAGGUUUCCUGGUGCAUACCAAAAUGGCAACAUCAAGCAAGCAUCCGCCCCCGGCCCUGCGGUUAUCCAACAGGGAUCUUCAUACGCGGUUGUGGAGACUAGCUCAAAUGGUGUUCUCAAAGCCAAGUCCAUGGCCAUCAAGUCCACCAAUGCUACGGAGACGUCUGCUACUUCGACAUCACAGGAUACGGACGACACAGUGGACUCUGCCAACUCGACCUCCUCAUCGUCAAAAUCAGAGAAUGUUAGCGAUCAAACUAAAUCCAACAGUUCAAGCACUCAAGGUUCAACUGGAAUCUGUUUAUCACAGCUGAUUCCCUCCUGUGCGAAGAUGUGUCUUGCUAAAAAACACGAGGAAGCAUCCUCUUUGGCGGCUGGUUGUUCAGUUACGGAUGGAAAAUGUCUUUGUUCGGCGCGAAACUUCGUUCAGGCUUACGAAAACUGUGCUCGAGACCAUUGUGCUGCCGGAGCGGAAUUGACCUCGGCAGUUUCUGCGUUCACAUCACAAUGCAAGACAUUGACUAAACAGAAUUCUGGAUCUCACGCGUCCUCCACUCGUCGCCAUCGUCGUCACCACCCGUACUCUUCGGGACCUUCUGCCAGACCUCAUCGCAGAUGAUUGAAUCUAGGGUUGACCGGUUUCUCUUUGAAAGUGUUCAUUGAGAACGAGUUUCGAUUUUCGAUUUUCUAAACUUUCUACUAUUCAUAUCUAUGAACAAUUCGCGCUGUACCAAUCACCUCGUUGUAUCACUGUGGGACUUCGGUACCCCUUUGAAUUUGCUUAUUUUGUAUCAAGAAGCUGGAUGCUUUUGUAUUUGGGUUGAUUCCUUGAAAAUGGUUUUUUAUUCCAGUUGUCUGUAACUAUGUGUAACUCUUCCCUAUUUGUGUGCGACUGGUUUGCUUUAUGAAGUCAAUGUAUAUAUAUCUCAAACUUCCCUCAAAAACGAUGAGUGAGGAACUUGACCUUUUUGUUGUUCGUAUUGCAAGAACGCUACCAGGUCCCACCGACCUCUCAACUC